AAGAAAGGGAAUCACAGUAGAGCCGUCAGUUGGCCGCCGCGCGUCGGCGGUGUAAUAUCUCGUUGUAAAUUGUUUCUUAGUAAUAAUCGUUGCCUCGAUCGAUUUAUUACCUUGAUCGAUCCUUUUCAAAGGAUAUCUCGCACAUAUUGAUCUACGUACACGUCAUUAAAAACUAUAUAAUAGUCAUCUAUUUUCAAAUAACUAAAUUAUCGAAAUCUACAUUCCAGUUUAAAUAAUAGGAACGAAAAGGGAAAGUGUCAAAGGCAAAUAUUUGUCUGUCUUACGAACGGUGUAUGUAUAUAUAUACAUAUACAUAUAUAUAUAUGUAUUUAUGUAUAUAUAUAUGUGAGUGUUAUGUGUGUUACUACUGUGUGUAAUGCGUGUGUUUGUCGGUGGAACGAGUUCAUUUCUUCGUCCAAGGGCUUCCCGUGUCCAGUGACGUUUUUUUAAAAGAAGCUUUUGAUAUAAUAUAAAUAAUUCAAACGAUCACAUUCUUGCGUGAAGAUCAAUCUAACCGAAAAAAAGAAAAAAAAAAACAACGAGACAUUUUAUUUUAUUUUUCUAAAUAUAAAGAAUAGUAUAAUGUGUAGAUAAUCAUUUAACGUUACCAUCAGUUUUAAAUGAUACAAAUAUACUUAUAUAUAAUUUGUGUGAAGAAAUAAUUUUCUUUUUUUUUUCUUCUUAUUUAUCAUUAAAAAAAAUUCGAAUACGCGCUACCGUAUCGACAAAAAAGAUAGUAGGUGUGGCGCGAAACGUGUAUUUUCUCUAAGGCAGAAGAAAUUAUCUCUAUCUUUAUCUCGUUUAUUUUUUUUUCUUCUUUUAUCGUCUUCCUCUUUUACCUUCCACAAUUUAAGUUUUUACUUCUUUUAUACACAUCACUUGGAGUCACGGAUGAUACUUACGAACGUUAGAACAACGUAGAUAUCUCACCAAGAAGAAGAAUAUCUAAUAAGAGCUUCCUUGCAACACGGAGAAUAUUUUUAUUUUAUUUUAUUUCUUAUUUAUUUAUAAACUAUUCGAAGAUGUACGGGUGAUAAACAAUCUUCCUCUUCAAAAUGUUGAUCAAAGAAUAUAGAAUUCCUCUGCCGCUUACGGUGGAGGAAUACCAAAUUGCUCAACUUUACAUGAUAGCGAAAAAAUCACGCGAAGAAAGCAGAGGUACCGGAAGUGGGGUAGAAAUAAUAGUUAACAAACCAUAUACAAAUGGUCCCGGUGGAAAUGGUCAAUACACACAUAAAAUUUAUCAUGUUGGUAGCCAUUUACCAGGAUGGUUCAAAAGUUUAUUACCAAAAUCGGCAUUAAUAGCAAAAGAGGAAGCAUGGAACGCGUAUCCCUAUACAAAAACGCGAUACACGAGUCCGUUCGUCGAGAAGUUUUCCAUAGAAAUAGAAACUUAUUAUUUUCCUGAUAAUGGUUAUCAAGAAAAUGUCUUCAAACUUAGCGGUGCCGAUCUGAGAAACAGAGUUGUAGAUUUGAUUGACAUAGUAAAAGAUCAAAUUGAUUAUGUCAAAGAAGAAGAUCCUAAAUUAUACAUCUCCGAGAAAACAGCAAGAGGGCCAUUAACAGAAACCUGGUUGGAAGAUUAUUGGGCUGAUGUCAAAGAUAAACAGCAGCCAACACCAUCGGGAAAAUCAUUAAUGUGUGCAUACAAAUUAUGCCGGGUUGAAUUUCGUUACUGGGGUAUGCAAACAAAAUUAGAAAAGUUCAUACACGAUAUGGCAUUGAGAAAAGUGAUGGCACGAGCACACAGGCAAGCCUGGGCCUGGCAAGAUGAAUGGCAUGGUUUAACUAUGGAAAACAUCAGAGAAAUCGAACGACAAACUCAAUUAGCAUUACAACAAAAGAUGGCUCUUACUGAGUCUGGUGAAGAAAUAACUGGGGAUGAUGAUCAGGACGCUAAUACAGGAAAUACUGGAAUGACGCCGCAAGAAACAAACGUUGCUCGAACAUUCGCAGCUACUUUGAGUAGUAUCGAGAAAAAUGAGGAUCUUCAAAGUCCACCGAGGGUCAGGAAACCAUCGGAUAUACCGAUCAUCAAUACAGCUGUUAGUUCUGAAGGAGAAGUUAGUCCUGAAGAUUCUCCAACUGAACAACCCAAUACUAAUAAUAGCCCGAACGACGAAAAAAGUGAAAAGAAAUCAUGGAAGAAGAAUGCAGCAAGUCAUUCGCCUAGUUCAGCUAAAAGUAUGGACAUGCAAAUAGCAAAUUGGAGAAUGGAGAGUAUAGUUCGAGAAUCCGAAACAAGUAGCGAAGAGGAAUUCUUUGAUUGUCAGGAGCACUUUGAAGAUAACUCUUCAUUAGCUAAAUGGAGUUCUUUGGAUCUUCUAGCAGAAGAGGACGAUGGUGCAUCUCCUGUGUCAAUAACAAACAACGUGGAAGAAACAGAUACGAUAUUCUCACCGUCGUUUCUACAACCAAUUGCAAGCGAACGUAGUAAACGAUUACAAAUUAUCACAUCGACUAGCAUUGACGUUUCUUGUCCGACAUCACCACAACAUUCUCCUACACAUCAAUCUUGUAAAACUACAGUAUUAUUAAUCGUAAUGCACGCUGGAAGUGUUUUAGAUGCCAACAUAGAUCUGACUGCUAAAAAAUCGGAUGUAACUACCUUCAGAGGUGCCUUUGAAUCUGUUAUGAGACAACAUUAUCCUAGUAUGGUUGGACAUGUUUCUAUUAAAUUUGUUUCCUGUCCCUCGAUUUGUACCGAAGGUCUGGGUGUUCUUUCGAGUUUAAGUCCAUACAGUUUUGACAUGUCACCAUCAUGCAUGGAUGCACCUCAAGUAACGAACGAUACCAUACCAAUCGGUGCAAUACCAUUAUUAGCGAGUGCAAGCUCGGAUUAUGAAGAAGCAGUAACACGAGUGGUGACAAAUGCAAAUCAAAUUUAUCAAGAAUUUAUAAAAAGCGAAGAGGGUAGAGGUUUUAGUGGACAAAUUAGUUUCAUCGGUGAUUCCGUAGGUUCGAUAUUGGCCUACGAUGCAUUGUGUAGAUCUACGCAUUAUCAUUCGAGGCAUAACAGUGAAAAUAAUAUAUUGGAACCGAAUAAUCAAGGAACCGAAAAUAAUGGAAUAUUCGAGGAUGGAAAACAUUUGAGUGCACCUUCACCCCGAAGAAGAUCUUCGGGUACAAACGACAGGUCACAACAAUGUAAAUUAGAAUUCGAGGUAGGAGAAUUCUUUAUGUUUGGCAGUCCAUUGGCACUCGUAAUGGCAUAUAGAAAAAUUUCAUCACACGAAGAUAAGAAUAGUAAUAUUCCAAGGCCAAUGGUGAAUCAGGUUUACAAUCUUUUUCAUCCAAGUGAUCCAGUGGCAGCGAGAAUCGAGCCAUUGAUAUCAGCAAGAUUUUCAUUAUUACCACCUGUUAAUGUUGCUCGAUAUCAAAAGUAUCCUCUUGGAAAUGGACAACCUUAUCAUUUACUGGAAACGAUUCAAAGCAAUCCACAAUUAUUUACGGAUGGAUUAAACGUUCCUAACAUACAUAUGACUACACCGGUUCAACAUUCUCAUUUGAGAAGAUUGUCGGAUAUUUCGAUUCACAGUACUAUGUCUGGUAUCAUCGAUAAUAUUCCUUUACAAGUUGUUUCUGCUCUUACACAAAAAUGGUGGGGCAACAAACGAAUAGAUUACGCUCUAUAUUGUCCAGAGGGUCUGGCAAAUUUUCCUACAAACGCGUUACCUCAUCUUUUCCAUGCUAGUUAUUGGGAAUCAUCAGACGUAAUAGCAUUUAUAUUAAGACAGCUGGGUCGAUUUGAUUUACCUAUGCUCGGUAACGAAGAAAAAGAACUCUCCUGUUUCCGUCCAGGUCAACCUAGGGAAAAAUGGAACAAAAAACGCACUUCGGUCAAGCUAAAGAACGUUGCUGCUAAUCAUAGAGCCAAUGACGUAAUCGUUAAAGAAGGUGCUGCUCAAGUAUUAGUUGCCAGAUUUAUGUACAGUCCAAUAGAUGUAAUAGCUUUAACAGGUGAAAAAGUAGACAUUCAUAUUAUGAAAGAUCCACCUGUUGGAGAAUGGACGUUUUUAUCUACCGAAAUUACUGAUAAAAAUGGUAGAAUAACAUAUAGAAUACCUGACGACAAAGCUCUCGGUUAUGGGCUUUAUCCUGUUAAAAUGAUUGUUAGAGGAGAUCAUACAUCUGUCGACUUCUUUAUGACUGUGAUACCUCCGAAAACAGAAUGUGUGGUCUUCAGUAUCGAUGGAUCGUUCACAGCGAGUAUGUCAGUUACCGGAAAGGAUCCUAAAGUUAGAGCUGGUGCUGUUGAUGUUGUCAGGCAUUGGCAGGAAUUAGGCUAUUUAAUUAUAUACAUUACUGCACGACCUGAUAUGCAACAGAAGAAAGUUGUGUCAUGGUUAUCUCAGCAUAAUUUUCCUCAUGGUUUGGUGUCCUUCGCUGAUGGUCUUUCCACGGAUCCGCUUGGCCACAAAGCAGCGUAUUUAAAUAAUUUAGUCCAGGAACAUGGUGUGAUAAUACAUCAAGCGUACGGUAGUAGCAAAGAUAUAAGUGUUUACACGUCAAUAAAUCUAAAACCCAAUCAAAUAUUCGUUAUCGGUAGUGCAUCGAAAAAACAUCACGCAUUAGCAACAAUACUUCACGAUGGUUAUGCAGCACACUUGAGCAUGCUACAGGUACACGGUGGUUCGAGACCAGCAAAGGGUAACGCAAGGAUGGUAAUACCACGUGGUCAAUUUGGUUUACCUGGUCAGAAUGCAUCUUUGCGGCGCAGAAGCUCUUUUAGAACGGCGAAACGAGCUAUUUCCCAUUCAGGUGUGGGAAAAAUAUUCCCAUUGGAACGAAGUACGAGCUUAGGACCACCACCACCAUCAAGUUCGGUUGAAAAUAUGGUACCUCAUUCGGCGCCACCAAUCAAAAAUACCGCCACGGAUAAGAAGCUCUGACGACUUACACGCUGCCGCUCUUUCUUCGAAUCCUUGCAUUAAUUUCAAUGAAUAAUAAUAUUUCAUUUACUUAUUUUUAAUUGUAUUCGUUCAAAUUAAGUAUCUCCUCUUCUUAUUGAUUCGAAUUUUAAUUUAUUUUACACUAAUUUAACUGUAAAAAGUAAACAUUUGUAUCAUUUUUACAUCGAAUCGUACGUCAUCGUUGUGAACAACUACUUUAAUCGUAUUACGUCGUUUAUGAGUAUAUAAUACUACGUUAAUAAUAAUGAUAAUAAUAUCAGAGUUUUUUUUUAUCGUUUUUAUUAAUUAGAAAAUUUAUUUUUAUUAUGAUAUAUAUAUAUCGUUUCGCGGAUCGAAAAAUAAUUCGAAAAUUUGUAAUAACUUAAUGCUGACUUAUUCAAUGCGAUUACAUUCGUUACAAGUCUAUUUCUCCGAAUCGCAUAAUCGUAAUAAUGCAUUACGUAAAGUAUGAAGAGAGAAAAAA